AUGGUACCCACAAUUAAUGGUAGUAAUUAUCAAGAUAUCUCGGACAAUAUUUUUCCUGAUAAAGUAUGGAUGAAUAUCUUUCAAUACAUUCCGUUGAAACAAAGAAUUAGUACUUUCUCCUUAGUAUCACGUGCAGUAAGAGAUUUGGUUAGAAAAUCUGUUAAGGAGGUUGCCUUCUACAGAGAGGACAUGGACUAUUUGGAUGACAAUCGGCUUAAUCUUUUUUUGCGCCAGUAUGGUUAUUAUUUAAAAUAUAUCAACUUGGAUUUAUUCAAAGCUACUCUUUGUACUUCACAAGGUAAUUGGAGACAAACAGUCUUGAAUAUAACAUCCAUUGGUAAAAACAUAACUUCUUUGGAUGUUUUAGUAUGUGAUCGCCAUAAACUCCGUGAUACUGAUGUUAUGAAGAUCUUUAAGUUUUGUAACAAACUUCAAAUGAUUCGGAUUGAUGCUCAAUUUUUAACUGGAUACUGUUUUGCCAAUGCACCAAAGACUAUUCAACAUUUAGAACUGGAUAUGUGUUUCCGUUUCUCUGCUGAUGCUUUAACAAAAUUACUUAAUUUGAAACGUUUGAAGACUCUUCACAUGUCUCAAAUGCUUGUACUUAGUGAUGAACUUGUUGGUAGAAUGGUUCAAAGACUUAACUAUUUGGAAACUUUAUCUAUUGUAUCUAAUGUUCAGUCCAAGUAUGAAAAUUUAACAACUGAAGGAUUGUCUGAACUAGCAUACCUUCCACGACUUUCUUCAUUUAAUGUAGAAGGUUUUGAAAUUGUUAAUGAUGACUUCUUGAGAUUAAUUGUAGAUGAUAAGUAUAGUUUUAAGGAACGUAUUGAAAGAUUGUCCCUCGCUUUCUGUAACAAUAUAACUUCUACUGGAAUUAGCCAUUUGGCUAAAUGUAAGAACUUAAGUGCUCUUAAUUUGGAUGGUAUAUCUAAGAAUGAUCUUUCUGGAGGCCUUGUUGCUGCUUCUGCCCACGGAGGUUGGCAAAAAUUGUUGGUUGCUGAUGGAACGAAUUUCUCUGUUGAUGCCCUUAUUAGUGUUAUCCGAAAUUCCAGAGGUCUCCGAUUUUUAGAUAUGUCUAAUUAUAAGGAAUUGAACGGAAGUAACUAUGUCAGACGUUUUAGUGAACUUUUUCAUGAUCCUGAAUUUAUCACUUGCCGCCCCCCAAUGGUCAUAUUAACUGAGAAUGCUGAAGCAUGGACGUCUGUUGGACCAGUUCUUGGCGAUGAUCCUAACUCUCCACCUAAGCUUCGUAUUUAUUCAUUGUUUACUGACUGUAUUUACAAAGAAAAAAUUGCACCUUAUUCAGUUGUCAGUGGAGAUUGUGUCGGUCAAAUUUGUCCUGGAUACUUGGAACCUGAGCUUCGUAUCGGAAAUAGAUAUCGUACUCUUUGGGCUUACAUAGGACCAAAUGCUUCACCUAAGAUAGCUAACACCAACAAUUCCAAUAAUAAUGAAAAGGUUCAUGAAAAUGUUGGAAGUUCUAAAAAUAAUUUUAUGAAUCGUAAUAAUGUUUAUACUCGUUAUGGUAACAACGGCAAUACUAAUUCAACUUUUGGAAGAAAACCAUUUUCUACUAACAGAGGAGGAGGAAGACGCGACUACAAUGGUCGUUUUGGACAGGAACAUCAAUUUCGUCAUCUGAAAUCAUAUGGUGAUUCUGGGGAUGAAUUUGUUGUUAAGAACGUCAGUAAUCAAUAUGACAUGAAACAUCAUAAUGUACAACAACAUCAUCAAAAUCAACAACAACAACAACAAUCCCUUCAACACCAUCAAGGACAGAUUACACACAAUUUUUGGAGAAAGAAUAACAAAUUCAAUGGUGGUAGAGGAAAUCUUUUCGAGGAUAAGAUUAAUACCAAUUUUACCAGCACACCACAUUUGCAAAGAAAUUAUGAGGAAUUCAAUUUCAGACCAAAAUUUGAGCAAUCUCCAAUUCCUUUAAACAAGAAUGGAGAUAAAAAUGAUGAAAAUGUAUUGAACUGUAGUCAAUCUUCUACACUGAAUGAUUGUUUUAAUUCUUUUGAACAUGGUAACCCGAAGUUGGAUUACUCCAAUUUCUCACCAUUUAAAACAUUCAAUGAUAGCUUCAAUGGAUCAAAGGAACGUUUUUCUAGUUUUGGUCUUACUUUUGGUUCUGACACACCACCAGAAUCAUCUCCAUUCCGCCAAUUUUCUUUUGAUAUGAACAAAAUAAUUGUGAACGCUGUAUCCACCUCCUCUCCAUUAUAG